GCUGUUUGUGUUUUCAUGUCGGGCAACCAUUCUUGAAAAUAAAUAAACAUGUCUAGCGGGCAGAAAUCAAGUGAAUUGGAAAAAAAUCCAGCGCCAGAUCCCCAAGCGCCCAUAACACGCAAAGGCUUUCUGAUAUCACUGAAGAACAGCGGCACGCCCAUGCCGAUACCGGAACAAAAUGUGUAUGGACGAUGCCGUCCCGUAUCCGAAUUUGAGAAGCUUAACCGCGUGGGAGAGGGGAGCUAUGGUAUCGUUUAUCGCGCACGCGACACACGCAAUGGCGAAAUCGUGGCCCUGAAGCGGGUGCGCAUGGAUCAGGAAAAGGAUGGCUUGCCCGUCAGUGGUCUGCGUGAAAUAAUGAUAUUAAAGCGUUGCCAGCACGAGAACAUUGUGCGAUUGCGGGAAGUUGUUGUAGGCAAAAGCCUCGACAGCAUUUUCCUGGUAAUGGACUUUUGUGAACAGGAUCUGGCGUCGGUGCUGGACAAUAUGUCGCAACCGUUUACCGAAUCUGAGGUCAAGUGCAUAACGCUACAGGUGCUACGUGCUUUGAAGUACAUGCAUGCCCGCUAUAUAAUACACCGAGAUCUGAAGGUCUCCAAUCUGCUGAUGACGGACAAGGGCUGCAUCAAAGUGGCGGAUUUCGGUCUGGCGCGUCUGUACGGCAAUCCGCCGAAGCCUAUGACACCGCAAAUGGUCACGCUAUGGUAUCGUGCGCCGGAGCUUUUGCUCGGCGCAAGGACGCACACCACAGCCGUUGAUAUGUGGGCAUUUGGUUGCAUUCUCGGCGAGCUAUUGCUGGGCAAACCGCUGCUGCCGGGCAAUUCGGAGAUUGCACAGCUUGACAUGAUUAUUGAUCUGCUUGGUGCACCCUCCGAAUCAAUUUGGCCAGGUUUCCUGGACUUGCCAGCUGUGCAAAACUUUACGCUCAGCCAGCAGCCCUACAAUAAUCUGAAAACCAAAUUCCAAAUGCUCGGCCAAGCGGGCAGAAGUCUGCUAAACAUUCUAUUUAUCUACAAUCCCAGCACUCGAGCCACCGCCGACGAAUGUUUAAGCAGUAAAUAUUUUACUGAGCCGCCGCAGCCUUGUGAUCCGCGCAUGAUGCCAACAUUUCCUCAACAUCGGAAUAAUGUUGCGCCUCCGCAGGCGCAACCCUCCACAGAAAUUCCCAUCUCCCAUUUACUGGAUGUGUUCAUUAAAAGACAGCGCUUAGAAUAAAUUUAUAAUAUACGACUUAUGUAUAGAGUUAUCCUAAGGGAGUAUUAGUUUGAUAACUAAAUUAGGAAAA